AUGUUGCUUCGAGAUCACAAAUUGGAUUGCCUCAUUACCAAGGUUGGCGACAACAGGGAUAGAACCGAUGCAAAACAAGAGACUGAGAGUCGCAGCGUGUCCUUGGAGUGUGGAACGCCGGGUGCCAAGGACAGCCGCAGCGCAUCAAAGGAGGACGCACCAAUGAAGGAGGAUGAGGAAACUCUAGAAGAAACGACCCAAGCCAUGAUCUCAUCCUACAAGGAAUGCAUGAUAAAACAACGAAUCUUUCUGGACGAAUUGGAACCUUGGCAAUCAACAAUCGAGCCUCGGCAACUGGAAAUCCCUGUAAAGUUUCUCGAUGACUUAUACAUCCUAUGCGAGGAACAGGGGGAGAAGCGCUAG